CAACAGCAACAGCAACCACAAUUACAACAAUCACAACAGCAACAACAACAACAACAACAACAUCAUCAAUCAGAUGAUUGUCAUAAUCCAAUGUCAAAUGGUAAUCAAAUUCCAAAUAGUCCAGCUACAAGUUGUAUGUCACAACAAAGUUCAUCAUCCUCAUCCAAUUAUGGUCAUAAUAAUAAUAAUAAUAAUCAUCAUUUUAAUGGCCAAAAUAGAUUAUCAUCUUCAUCAUCAUCAUCAUCAUCAUUAUUGAAUCAUAAUAAUCAUAGCAAUAAUCAUAAUAAUAAUGAUAAUCAAACCGUCCAUUCAUUGGCCGAAUAUCUACAACAAUUGCUUAAAGAUCGUCAACGUUUAGCAGCAUUUCCCGGUACUUUUUUACAUAUUGAUCGACUCAUAGAUGCUGAGAUUGCCCGUGUACGAGCUUCAUUAUUUCAGAUUAAUGGUGAUGAACAUAAACCAUUGAUAUUACCUGAACCUGAUGGUCCUAUUGUAAAUAAAAUGGAAAAAGUUUAUGUGCCUGUUGAUGAACAUCCAGAUUUCAAUUUUGUUGGAAGAAUUCUUGGACCACGUGGUAUGACUGCCAAACAAUUGGAACAAGAAACUGGCUGUAAAAUUAUGGUCCGUGGUCGUGGUUCUAUGCGUGACAAGAAAAAGGAGGAACAGAAUCGUGGCAAACCAAAUUGGGAACAUUUAAACGAUAAAUUACAUGUAUUGAUUACUGUGGAAGAUACAGAGAAUCGUGCCAUAGCCAAAAUGGAACGUGCAAUUGAAGAGGUUAAAAAAUUAUUGGUUCCAAUCACUGAAGGUGAAGAUGAGCUUAAAAAACGACAACUAAUGGAACUGGCCAUCAUCAAUGGAACUUAUCGUGAUUCUGGUCAAAGAAAUUCUGCUAUUGCAGCCGCUACCGCUGCUGCUGCUGCUGCUACAUCACCAAAUCUAGUUAGUGCACAACAUUUGGUCAAUUUGGGAUUGGAUCCAGAACAAUUGAAUGCAUAUGCCACUGGUGGUGGUACUGGUGGUGUACCGAUUGCAUUAGCAGCUGCAGCUGCUGCUGCUGCUGCUACUACACAUCCUCAUCAAAUUCGUCAUCAUCCACAUCAUUUGACAACCGGACAUCCUGGUCAUCAUCAUCAGCCAUCACCGAUUGGUGCACCGCUUAUAUUGGCCGGUACACCAACAGCACGUCAAUUUGCUCAUCCAGCUGCGGCGGCUGCAACACCACUGCCGCAUCAAUCGGCUCUUGUUCAUCAUCUUCAUUAUGGCCAAGCAUUGCUCAAUGGAAAUUCAGCAGCCGCAUCGAUUCCACCUCAAUUAAUAACGGCAACUAGUACGCCCGAUGGUACAUUAUUAUAUACAACAAAUGUACAUCCAUCAGCGUUGAAUCCUCAUCAUCCACAUCAAACUCAUCAUCAUCAAUAUGCCGCAACGGCUGCCGAAUUUCAUCAUCAAUAUUCUGCAUCAUUAGCUGCUGCACAAUUACUUGAUUAUCAAGCAGCCGCUGCAGUUGCAGCAGCUGGUGCACCUGUCAUCACACCGGAACAAUCCGGAACAUCCGUAUCGGCAUCAACAGCAACAGGAUCAUCAGCAUCGUCAUCAUCAGCCACAUCCGGUGGGUUAACAACUUAUGGUAGUUAGUUUGUCACAAUUAAAACAAAAAUAGCCAAAUCUUUUCUAUUCUUGUCUUU